UUAUGGUAAAUGUAAUAAUAUGAUGAUCGAACGGAUAUAUGAUUUAUCUUCAUUCUUCAGACUUCAGAGACAUCAGACAUUUUACUGUUUUUUUUAUUAAGUUUUGUCAUUUUUUACUUUUUAGUAACAAUUAUUAACGAUGGUACAGAUUGUGGGAGAAUGGCAGAUGAUAUUAUUAUGUAUUAUGGUAAUAAUAUCAGCUCAAGUUGUAUGAUGUCAAUUUGUAGUAAAUAGUAGGUAAGUGCCUAUUAAGACACAAAGUUGUCAUAAAUGUAUCUCUGAUCUAAUCUCAUAUCAAUAGUUUAUAUACAAUUUAGUCGUGAUGCUAUAAGAAACGCUGCAAAUAUAAUAUCCAUGGGUCUGAAUCUAAUUAAAUUUUUUGUAACCAAGAGCUUUGGCUAACAGAGCCGGCAGGCGUAUGGAGCGAUUAUACUUGUCACACCAUAAGACUACUAAUUAAAAAACAAACAAUUAAGAAGAUAUAAUUCAAUAUGAAACCAUUCAGAAAAACUAUUGAUGAUUGUGCGAUCAAUUCCAAUUCUAGAGUUCAAGAAUUUAAUGAAAAUAUUAAAAAGAAAAUUAUUGAUGAUCAUGUAUUUAACGGCAUUAUUAAAGAGGAAAUUAUUACUGAUGAAACAGACCUCAGCAAUGAUAGUGAAUUAUUGCAUCUAAGUUCUGGAGUGUUGCCUCUCUCACUUGAUGGUUGUUGUGUUCAAGAAUUUAAUGAAAAUAUUAAAAAGAAAAUUAUUGAUGAUCAAUUAUUUAAUGGCAUUAUUAAAAAGGAAAUUAUUGAUGAUCAAGUAUUUAAUGGCAUUAUUAAAGAGGAAAUUGCUGAUAAAACAAACUACAACAGUGACAAUCAACUAUUACAAAAUAUAUGGGGAGCAUGGUUGUCCCGAGAAAAACAGUUUUUGUUGUGCAUUUGUAAAAUAGAGACAACGCAUGCGGGCGUCCUCUUAAAUCAAAACUUCUAUCACGCAACUCAAAUACACUAUUUUACCACAGCUAUUUACGACCAAUAGUCACAUACGCGAGCGAAACUUGGUCACUGAUCAAAGAAGAUAGCGAACGUCUAGAAGACCAAGGACCUUAUGGGUGGAUGUCGUUAGUUAUUUCAAUUUCUUUUUUGAUACUUAAUAGAUUGUGAAGUGUGCUUCUAUUUUGUCCUAAACCAUUUUGUUCAGGGGAAAUAUAUUUUAUUUUUCUAGGAACCAGAUGAGUCUACGAUUAAUGAUUUUUUCAAGUAGCUUGCUCGAAAUAGUGUGCUGACUAGAGUGAUUGGGUGAUAGCCUUCAGGGAGAUGUUUAUUCUUAUUGGGCUUGAGGAUCAGGAUAACAAACCCAUGUCUUCAGUAUUUAGGGAAUACGUUAUUAAAGUGUUGAAAAUUUCGAGUAAGUUGUAACGAGACGAAAUGAUAUAUUCCUUCGAAUAGCGUGCACUUAUACCAUAUCCGUAAUAAAAUUCGUGGACGGAGCGCCACCCGCUGACUACUAUGUAACUAAUACAUGCGUUGUUCUCAACGCUACAUACAUGAAAACCACACUAGAUGUCGCCGUACGCGCCAGCUUCAUUGCACGUUGCGUACCAGCGACAUUUAAUUACAAAAAACUACGACUUAUAAGUUAAAUUAUUAACUUAUAAGUAAAACAGCAUCUUCGGAUUCGAUCAACAACACCAUAUGACAAUCCUCCGAAAAUAUACCAUCAAAUACCACCAAAACGCAACACCCAGAAGUCCAUAUUCUCGAAAACCAAAGCCGCCGGAGUAUAUGAUAAAUUGACCCCGACGAGCAGGCAAUAGUAAAUAUUGUAGUUUUCCGUCCUAUAGCUUAGUCGUGUCUGGUGUUCACCGUUCAAACGGGAGUACAAACAGCACGACAAUCCUCGUUACCGUCGCCGCCGCCGAACGCAGUUUCCGCCGCCGCCUACCACUUGCCGUGUCUGGUGUUCACCGUCCAACGGGAGCACAAACAGCACGACAAUCCUCGUUACCGUCGCCGCCGCCGAACGUAGUUUCCGCCGCCGCCUACCACUUGCCGUGUCUGGUGUUUCACCAUAUACUCGGGAGCACAGACAGCGCGGCAAGUAUCGUCCCAUCGCAACCGCCGAUCGAGCUGCCAUGUUGCAUUGCAAUUUCGUAACUGUAACAAACCGCCGAUCGAGCCGCCGUGUUGCAUUGCCGUUUCGGGAUUUUGAUACCGCCGAUCGAGUUUCAGUUGUGCACUGACGACUUGUAGUUUUUUUCGCACGUUCGCUCGAAUAUUAACAUUGUUGAUAACGCAGUGCGUUAUCAACAAUUUUACCUACUCUACUAACACACGUUAUUUUCACGUCAUCCAAGUAUUAAUAUUAUAUAAUAUUUCUAUUGUGCGACUGCCGACCAUUCGUCAUUAUCGUCAUCGCAGGAUAAACUCGGUUAAACUACACGCAACAUCUGAGUCAGUCACCAACAGUUACCAGGCAACGUCCGUGAGUCCAUUCCAAUCAUUUUAAUAUUGUAAAAUCAAUCCUUGUUAUACGUAUUUUUAAUUGUACAUUG